GUAUUUCAAUCAGUUAUACUAGGGCAGAAAAGUAUUUCAGUACGCUUUCAUGUUAUAGAUUUAGUGAAAAUUGUGGAAAUAUUUCUGAGUGGGCAAAUUCCUGCGUCCUUUCUCCAUUUAAAAUCCUCUUCAUGGAUUCUUGGUUGUUUGUGAUGUGAUUUCUGGUUUUCCGAGAUGUUGAAUUUUGGGGGCUCGUGUGCUAUAAACUGUAAUCAUCCAAAUUAUACACAUGCAGGAUAUUAACAACAGCAACAUCAAUGCAAUAAUUCUCUCCGAGUGUGUGGAGUGGCUUUCUAUAAUUUGUUUGAGUUUUAAAUUGAAGUGCCUGACUAAAUUAAGCUUCUAGCACGACUGUAUCUAGGGGUACCGUGUGUACUAUGAGUAGCAGUGCAAGAUUUGAGCGCCACUAUAUGGUCAGAAGCUUCACCUCCCUCCUCAGCCCUCUCACUCCACCUUCUGACCAUCUGUGCGCCAGCAGCGUCACACACGACGCAUACACAAGCGCCUAAAAAAAAAUCAAGCAGCGGCGUUUCCAUGUGCGAGCCGCAGCCAGGGGCUACCACACCAGUCUACGACGCUGCGUUGACGCAUUCAUAUACGGCAUCUGCACGGCGUGCAGCCUUUUCUUCUGCCGUUUGAAUGGAUGCGAAUGCUCGCUGCCGCCAACAAAUGCUAAACAAGCAUAUAUGGACGCAACACACAAACAUCUCAUUGCAUGUUCACAAAAGAAGGAACGACGCCGGCAGUCAUUCAGCCACAGAGCACCUGUACGCCACACCACAAAGUGCUCUGGGGUAUAAUAAUCAUUUUAGUUUAGCUUUUUUUUUCCCUACAGUUCCCCCCAAUAUGGACAACUCGCCUAAUUGGUUUGGCGUUGGAAUCAGCAUACAGCAAAUAGGACAAGCGUCCCCGACAAGGUCCGUGGGAGCACGUGUCACGUCGCUUCGCGUCAUGCGUGUAGUAAGCGUUUGUAUUUUAACUUGCAGCUGCCCUUUCAGUUGAUAGGAGAGUUGUAAAAGGAGGGGCUUGGUAGUCGUUGACCCGGCUGUGGUCGAAAGAGGGCAAGGGAGUCAAGAUGAUGCAACUUUUAACACAUAUUGACGGAAAUAUACUCUAUGAUGUGACUCGUAUAGGUCAAAUGGAGGAAUCGUCAUGACACUCAGCAACACGGUCUACACGUGAUGGCGGCGUUGGGGACGCAUCCAUAAAGCCAAGUCUCAGUGAAGCAGCAGAACGUCCAAAGUAUUUGCAGGCGAACUUGUGUACUGGCUCGCGUCCAUCUUCGUCGCGAGGCUUUGAAGAGUGCGUCGACGAGCAACUCCGGAAAAAGAUUCAGCAAAUUGCAUAGAAAAGUUUCUGGAUUAGGGCAGAAUUAACACAAAGGGGCAACGCCACUCCAGCUACAUUCCCAAACAACACUUGAAGCGGCAGAGGAGGGACCGAGGCCGAGAGAGUGACGUGACAGGGUGAAGACACUCGAACGAAGGCCAGCGCAGAAAAACUUCCAAACUCUCGAUUGUACGGGGCAGUCAAGUUCAUCCGAGAGAGGGAGGGAGCAUCACAGAGGCAAGGAUCUUUGACCACAAGGUCCUGAAGGAUGGAAGAGAAGCAGGUUACAGGGAUACUGGACCUGAAAGCCAAGGUGUGAAUGACGGAACCUACAGGGUCCAGCUGAGUAGCACCACUGGAUCACAGCAUCACAUCAUGUCUGAAUCGAACACCAUUGCUGCUUCCACUGCAGACCAGAAUGGAGCAGUUCCAGGUGAGCCAGUGAAGAAGGAUGAAAACUCCCGGAGAGGGAACUGGGGGAACCAAAUUGAGUUUGUCCUUACGAGUGUUGGCUACGCUGUGGGCCUAGGCAAUGUUUGGAGAUUUCCCUACCUCUGCUACAGAAAUGGAGGAGGUGCCUUCAUGCUCCCGUACUUCAUCAUGUUGGUCUUCUGUGGCAUUCCACUCUUCUUUCUUGAGUUGUCCUUCGGGCAGUUCGCCAGCCAAGGGUGUCUUGGGGUCUGGAAGAUUAGCCCAAUGUUCAAAGGUGUGGGCUAUGGCAUGAUGGUGGUCUCCACAUAUAUUGGGAUCUAUUACAAUGUGGUUAUUUGCAUUGCCUUCUACUACUUUUUCACAUCCAUGACAAACGUACUGCCAUGGACGUACUGCAACAACCCCUGGAAUACGCCUGACUGCAGCGGAGUGGUGCUGCAAAGCAAUGGCAGUAUGGCUAACAUCACUCGUAGCAUGGUGGAUGGAGUCACUGAGUUCGUCAACCGCACCAAGAGAACCAGCCCCAGUGAGGAAUACUGGAAACACUAUGUUUUGGACAUCUCUGAUGACAUUGGGAACUUUGGAGAAGUACGUCUCCCAAUCCUGGGGUGCCUGGCUGUGUCCUGGGUGGUCGUCUUUCUCUGCCUCAUCAGGGGCGUCAAAUCCUCUGGAAAGGUGGUGUACUUUACAGCCACAUUCCCAUAUGUUGUUUUGACCAUCCUGUUCAUUCGUGGGAUUACUCUAGAUGGAGCCAUCAAUGGUAUCAUGUAUUACUUGACUCCACAGUGGGAAAAGGUGCUUGAUGCAAAGGUGUGGGGAGAUGCUGCAUCACAGAUCUUCUACUCCCUGGGAUGUGCUUGGGGUGGUCUUAUUACCAUGGCUUCGUAUAACAAGUUCCACAACAAUUGUUUCAGAGACAGCAUCAUCAUCAGCAUCACCAACUGUGCAACCAGUGUGUAUGCUGGUUUUGUUAUUUUCUCCAUCCUGGGCUUCAUGGCACACCACCUCAACGUGCCCGUGUCAGAGGUAGCGGACCAUGGCCCAGGACUUGCCUUUGUAGCCUACCCAGAAGCCCUCACUCUGCUGCCCAUUUCACCCCUGUGGUCACUACUCUUCUUCUUCAUGUUAAUCCUUCUGGGACUAGGAACGCAGUUCUGUUUAUUGGAGACAUUGGUGACGGCCAUUGUUGAUGAGAUUGGCACUGACUGGAUCAUUAGGAACAAGACUGUAGUUACGCUGUCUGUGGCUAUUGUUGGAUUUCUCCUGGGAGUUCCACUAACAACUCAGGCAGGAAUCUAUUGGUUGCUACUGAUGGAUAACUACGCUGCUAGUUUCUCUCUGGUUAUCAUCUCUUGCAUCAUGUGUAUCUGCGUCAUGUAUGUUUAUGGUCACCGGAAGUACUUUAAAGAUGUUGAGAUGAUGUUGGGUUUCCCUCCGCCGCUCUUCUUCAAAGUCUGCUGGAGGUUCAUCUCCCCUGUUAUUAUCUCUUUCAUCCUGAUCUUCACUGUGAUCCAGUACAAACCUAUCACCUAUAAUGACUACGUGUAUCCCGGUUGGUCUCUGGCCAUUGGCUUCUCGAUGGCGCUGUCUUCGGUGGUCUGCAUACCCAUCUAUGCCUUCUACAAGAUCUCAAGGUCCCCGGGGGCCACCUUCAGAGAGCGGUUGAAGAAUGCCUGCCAGGCACAUCCAAAGUGGGGCCCAGCCCUGCAAGAGCACCGCACGGGUCGCUACGCCACCACGGCCUCUGAAGACAAUGUGGAAGCUCAUCCCUUCAAGGAGAAGGAUGAGUUGAGGGAGGAGCAGCGGGAGGAGGAAAAUGAGAGAAAGGAAGAAAUAUGCCUCACCCUCCAGGGAAGCAACGGCUCCACCAACACACACAAUACCCCAAACCCGAGUGCAUAGAUGGCGCCCCCUCUGCCACCCACUAGUGACGCCAUAUCUCCCUUUUCCACGAUCUGCACCGCACUUUCCUACAGUCCUCUGUGGGGAAGAUUCCUUUUUUUGCUGGAGACCUUUACAUAUUGUAAAGGCUUAUUAUAUUCAUUCUAACCUCUGCUAGCUACCUGCGCGUCAUCUUUACGUUAAAAAAAAAAUCAAGGCAAAAAAUACAAAGAAAAAGAAUAAAUUGGGCCACUGUCCAAAAGAUUUAGUUUGGACGUUUUUAUGUGUGUGUGUGUGUGUGUGCGUGCAUUUUUUGUGUUGCAGAUAAUUUAAUAAUUUUGUUUGUUUUUCCUUACAUUUAUCUGUAAAAACAUUUAUGCCAUAUUCAGAUGCAGGUUAGGGUAUGGUACGAUUAGAUUGUAAAGUUGAUUGUUUUGGGCUUGCAGCAGCACAGAAACACGCCUGUCAUCUUAUCCUGGACCUGCUGAUUCAAAUUAAUACAGCUUGCUAGGUUUAUAAUUACAAAUGCUCAUGUACACUGGUCAAACACUAAUUUAAAAUGGUCAUUCAAAAAGCAUAUUUUACAAUCCAGUCACAUCACACAAAGUUGAUCUGAAAGAUGAGUCGUCGUCGUCGUCAUUUUUUUACGGCGUUGUUGAGACAAACCGAAGCUUCCAAUUUGGUGAGUGACUGUGAAAAGUGUUUUUCACCACUUGAGCUGCUGCUUGAAUUGAAAACAUUAGUCACUGUCUCCCUUUCCCACAUACUGUACAUGCACACACUGUAUACCGCACAGUCCUUGCACAAACAGGUAAAUUUUUUAAAAGAAAUUCCAGGGCCAUUCUCAGGUGGUGUGCCUGGGGAGACAUGAGAAAUGAUACAUUCUACAGUAUAUAAUAUUACCCAACACACACUCACACAUUGGGUGUAUCUGUGUACAGUACUUGAUGUGUUAAGAAGUGAGAUUGCCUCUCUUGUCUUCCAGCAAUCCUUUUUGCGUGAAAUAAAAUUUUGGGAUGUGCACGAGGGAGAAUUUUAUAAGAAGGUAACCAGUGAAGGCAUCAUUGGUUUUCAUCAUGUCUUAAUUUGUGUGGUUGUAGCAGUCCACCCAAUGUGCUGUGUCCUGUGUUCAGGUCUGCACAAGUUUUUAUCGUGUUCUGAGGCUGUGAGUUCGGCCGUGAUGUGAUCUUUAAAGCAACAAAAUAAAUAAAUAAAAAAUAUACGGGCAGCUUAUUUCCAGUACAUCACUGGCUUUUUUUUUUUUUUUUUUUAGUUUUGAUCAUAAAUGUGAAAUGUAGUUAGAUCAUUUUGGACUAGAAGUAUCAUUUAAACAUCUCACUGUUGUAAUAGUGUAGCAAAUCAUGAUUAAGACAGUUGUUUUAUUUUGUACAAAAAUAAAAACUUGAAUCAGACUACUAAAUAUUCAUGUUUACUCUUUCAGUUCUGAUUGAUUUCUUGUAAGAGAGAAUAAUUGAUGUUAUUUUUAAAUGUAAAAAAAAAAAUGAGGUUUGUCCUGCUACAAUCCUGCACAAAACUACAUUACUGUUAAGUAUGUGUUUCACAUGAUUGUUCUGUAUUUCCAUCUUUGGUAUGUUUUGCGGACACCUGAAAGUCCACGAGUGCAGAUUUGACUACUUUCUUGUGUGUAUUGUGAUGAAUCUUCAUAUGUCCAAGCUAUUUUCAGAGCAAGAACACUAUAACAGUAUGUGAUAUGGUAUUUUAUACAGUUAAUUGCAAUCUAGACAUUAUGGAAUCGUGCAACAGUGCAUUGUUUAUUAUUGUACAAUGAAAAGUGUGAACUUGAGUCCUUAGCCAAUGAGUACGAAGUAAUAAUAAUAGUGAUUACUGAAAGGUUUUUGCCACAUUUAUUUGACCCCAUCAAGCCAGCUAUUAUCCAAUUCUUCUGUUGAAAAAAGGCAAUGAAAACACUUUCAGUAUCCUCUUUUUGUGGUUGGCACGUGUUAGUGUAGUUGCUCCAUUUUCCCACAAGAUGGACUCAUGUUGACAUGCACAGCAGUUAAGUCACAAUAAUGGUCCCAAUGUGGCCAAAGAUAGACUUGCCGAAAUACGGGGUGCCUGGGUAUAAAACAAGCACAAAAUUCUUCCUAAAACUUAAAAAAAAUAUCUAUACACAUAUAUUUUUCACAAACCAGACGCUUCAUGGAAGAUAGAAACAAAUAAGUAACAUUAUGUCUAUCAAUGAUGAGAAGGAUGCCUUUAUUUUAAGCUCUUCCAGUCAAUGUCUAUUUGUUUUGGUGAGUAUUUUAAUUAAAUCCUUGAUAACAAAGUACUCUUUGGAACAUCUUUUUGUGGGAAUGUGUUAUAUUCUCUAAAGAUAUAUUUUUCAUUUUUCAGUGUUUGUUUGAGCUCAAAUGAUUUCUUUGUUAAUGCAGUUAUAAGUAAGAUCAUGUCACAUUAGCUCUUUAUCCCACCCUGCCCCGACCCCUGCUCAAUCUGCUGCCCCACAACUCUUCUGACCUUUGUAUAGAAAAUGUACAAAUUAUAUAAAUGACUGUGUAAGUGUAUCUGAGGGUGGCGAGUAUGGGAGUUAUGGGUUACAAAGUAAUUUCCUUUGGAGUUGUCAUUUCUAGUUGUGUAAUGUAGAAGAUGUCAUGUAUUGUGUACUGCAUGUAGUGGAUUAGCUUUGAGUCUGCACGUAGAGCAGAUGUUGAGUUAAUAUCAAUGUACCUCUAAUCUUGAGUCUUAUUCUGCUAAUCAUAUCAACCCCGUCUUCUAAAACUAUUUUGUCCUACGAGAAGAGAAAGAAAUUAACCUUUUUAUCUUAUGAUUUCAGUCAUUGUUUAUUUUCGUUCCAUGAUACUAUUUUUUUUUCUGGAGUAUAUUAGCAGAAUACAUAAGAUAUAUCCAGUUGUAUUAUAUGAUUAUUGCCAAACAAAAAUCUUUGGAUUGAAACUUGAACUAAAGAAAAAUGAUCUCUUUUCAUAGUGAGCAGUCUCGUGCAUGGACAGUGGUUGCAGCAACAUAACUUUGUUUCCGUUUCUAUUUUUUUUUUUUUUUUACCAACAGUGGUCACUAACUAUCACACUAAUCCCAAACAUUCAAGAUUUCAAAACCGGAGCAAAACAAACACCAAAUAAUAAUAACUAUUAAUAUCAAUGAUAACAAUAAUAGUUGAGUGUUGAAGAAUGAUUCCACAGAUUUCAGGACCCAUUUUUCAUUUCGCAGUCUGUGGUAUAUUCUGCAUGAGGUAUUUUUAAUAUGGUUAGCGCUGCAGACUUUAAUGCAAAAAGAACAAAAAAAGCACACUGAGCUACAAAAAGUUGCUCAUAUUGUACAAAAUCAAUUCCCCUGCUUGUAGUAUUGCCUCUUGAAAUGACCACUUAUCCAAUAUUUAUCUCGUAUUAUUUUAAAUGCACUUUUUUUUUUACAAGCAACAAGAGGAAGUGUGCUUUGACUAUGAAUGCACAUUUCCAUGUUGAAAAAAAAUAAUGAAAAACAUUUGCGGUGGUCCUACUGAAAGAAAUGGUCCACGUAGUUGUUGAAUUGCUGUGUUCUUACCGUGUGGGAAAUGUUACAUGGUAGGAUUCAAGAGAAAAUGCACAGGUCAAAAGAGCACAGUUGUUCUAUACCUUCUGAAAUAUCUCUAUCUAACUGUCUGUUCUUCUUCUCCCUUCACCCUUUAGGGCCAAAAUGCAUUGAAAUGUCUUAGU